AGGUCUGUAAAUAUCUUUCAGGAGACACUGCUACAUUCCAGAAGUACUCUUAAUAGCAUGUGGCAGGAAUCCAGUGGUUUCUACAAUGGGAUCGCCUGCUGUUUUCCCUCAGAUUCUAAAUAGGAAAACAAAAACCUCGGGAACUGUAGCUGUUCAGUGGAUGCACCAGAAUAUGUCCACAGGAUGCUGAAUGCAAGAGUACAGAAUCACCAUGCUAUCUGCUCACGUAAGAAUCAUACGGAUGUGGAAUGUCCAUCGAGAAGAUUAUUUAAGUGAAACAGAUUGUUAUGUGACCUUGUGGCUGCCUACGGCUUCAUGUGAGAAAGUUCGGACCAAAACAGUGGCAAAUUGCAAAGAUCCUGUAUGGAAUGAAACAUUCUACUUCAGGAUCCAGAGCCAAGUUAAGAAUGUUUUAGAAUUGACCGUAUGGGAUGAAGAUGUUAUUCGAGAUGAUGACAACCGUGUCAUUUUCUUUGACAUAGCUAAAGUCCCCUUUGGAGAAUCAAUUUUUAUGACAUUUGAAUUGAAUCCCCAGACACGUGAACAAUUGGAGGUUGAAUUUGCACUGGAGAAUAUAUGUGGUCCAGCUGAAACCAUCAUUACAAAUGGAACAAUAGUGUGUCGUGAACUUUGCUGUUUAGAGGUUCAGGCGGAUCGAAGGAAACGGAAGAAAAAAAAGAACGCAUAUUUCAGACAACAAGAUGUCAGAUGUACAUUGAAAGGAUCCUUUGAAGGAACUCAAAACAUUUCAAUAGGCUGUGUCUCCAACUUGCAUUUCACCGAUCCUUCCCUUUUCCACUAUGCCAGGUUUAAGCAAGCAGAACUGGAUGUUCUACUCCCAAAGAAGAGGUCACUUCCCACCUUUUGUUGUUGUUGCAACUCAUGUGGAGCUAAUGCUUACAGAAACAGGAACCUGACUCUGCCUCUGAAUGCACUUCCCACUGAUCAAGAUGUAAUCAAAGAAGACAAAGAAGUUAAUUUACACUUCAAAGCAAAGACCUGCACAUCGGGCUUAGAUGUUCGCUUGGGGUUUGAUCUCUGUCCAGAGGAACUGGAAUUCCUGCAGAAAAGGAAAAAGGUGGCUGCAGGUGCCUUUAAAAGGGCACUACAGCUUGAGGAAGAUCUGUGUGAAGAUGAGGUGCCAGUGGUGGCAAUUAUGACGACGGGAGGGGGGAUGAGAGCACUCACAGCGUUAUAUUCCCACCUGUUGACUCUCCAAAAGUAUGAUCUUUUGGACUGCGUUUCAUAUUUUACUGGCUUAUCUGGCACAACAUGGACAAUGGCACAUUUGUAUGAUGAUCCUAAUUGGUCACAUAAAAAUUUAGAAGAGCCACUUGUUGAAGUCCAAAAACAACUGGAAAAAAACAAGUUCCUUGCCAGUUUUUCCCCAGAACGUCUAGCAUACUAUACAAGGGAGCUGUGGCAGCGUUAUCAAGAAGGGCACCAUAUCUCUUUUACAGAUCUUUGGGGACUUAUCAUUGAGGCCAUGCUACACGAUACGGAAGAUCCGAAUAAACUCACAGAUCAGCAGCAGGCAUUGACUAAUGGCCAGAACCCUCUGCCUGUGUAUCUUUGUCUCAGUGUAAAGGAAAAACUAAGUAAUCGGGGAUUUAGAGAAUGGUUGGAGUUCACCCCAUAUGAAGUGGGAUUUCAAAAAUAUGGAGCCUACAUUCGUGCUGAACAUUUUGGCAGUGAAUUCUUUAUGGGUCAUUUGAUGAAGAAAAUCCCAGAAUCACGGAUCUGCUUCUUGGAAGGAAUCUGGAGUAGUGUAUUUGCUGUAAAUAUGAUGGAUGCCUGGUUUAUGGGUUUUAGUACAGAAGAUUUUUGGCAGAUGUGGACACGAAAUAGAAUAACUGAGCUCGAGGAUUGUCCUUGGUAUCCGUCAACAGAUAAACUCCCUACCCGUAUGCAGUAUCCUCCAGACAGCCUUGCCAAUGCUUUUCAAGAUGUUAUUAUGUGGCGACCAGCAGUUAAGGUGGUCCCUAAUUUUCUGAGAGGCUGCCCGAUGCACAACGAAUACCUAGAGAGCGAAUUUUCAAAGUGGAAAGACUGUGAUCUUGAUACCUUUCCGAAUCAGCUGACGGGCGCUGAAGAUUACCUGUAUCUGGUAGAUAAUGCAUUUGCCUUUGAAAGCAGCUACCCGCCACUCAUGAGGAAGGGGAGAAACGUGGAUCUCAUGAUACACUUAAAUUACAGCUCAGGAUCACAAAUAAUGCCUCUUGAAAAAGCUGCAGAGUAUUUCUCAGAACAAGGAGUCCCAUUCCCUCAAAUUAUACCAAAAGAAGAUGGUGAUUUGAAGGAAUGCUACUUGGUGGGAGAACAAGAAGACCCUGAAAUUCCAAUAGUGCUUCUUUUCCCCUUAGUGUGUGACACAUUCAAAGAGUAUAAAGCGCCUGGUGUGAAACGAAGCCCUGAGGAAAUGGCAGGUGGUGAAAUUGAUCUUACCAGUGCCUUUGGCCCAUAUAAUAUAAAUUCUUUGCGGUAUUCAGAAGAGGACUUCCAAAAGCUAGUAAACCUUUGUGAGUACAACCUCCAAAAUAACAUAGAUUUGAUUAUCAAAACUUUGCGUAUAGCUGUAGAACGGAAAAAGCAGCAGAAGAAGAAGAGUUAGCAAUUUCAAAAUCCAUGGCGAGCCUUCAAGCGGAAAGAGAGCCUCAAACCUUUGACAUUGUUCAGCACUAGGGAGUAAUCGGCAUUUCAUUCCAGAAGGAAAAACAAAUAACUCAAUCAAACAAAUAUUAAAGUCGCUGUUCAACCCCUUCAGGAGGGAAAUACUGAAUAUUAGAAAUUAUUAAUGAAUACUGCAAGUCAUUCUGCUUUAGUUCUUCAUAGACAGUUCUGUGGCCAUACAUUGCCUGUACGUUAUCAUCUUGGAAGCUACUUUUAAGUGCUCUGAACAAAUUAUUGUAGAAAUACACUGUAAAUCAAUUUCUUCUUUCUUACAGUGCUAUUUAUGCUCUACAUAUCACUCCCUUUCCCAAUGCAUUUGAGGUGUUUUAUGUAUUGUUUCAUGGUUUCUGUACAAAUUAUGUAACAACAAGUGUUUUGCAUAAAAUUGUUUUGCUGAAA